AUGGACGAAAUCGUCUUUGCGAAUCUGGACCGCUGUCCAGCAUACUCCUCCUUCUUCGGCGCAAUGGGCUGCAUAGCCGCCAUAAUCUUCACAGUCCUUGGCUCCUCCUACGGCACCGCGAAAUCCUCCGCGGCCAUCUUCGCCGCCGGCGUCCUCCGCCCCGACCGCCUCAUGCAAAACACCCUCUGCGCCAUCAUGGCCCAGAUCCUCAGCAUCUACGGCCUCGUCGCCGCCGUCAUCAUCGCCAACCGCCUCGUCGAGAAGCAGGCGCUGCAUACCAGCUUCCUCCAGCUCGCGGCGGGGAUAAGCGUUGGGUUGUGCGGGCUUGCGGCGGGGUUCGCUAUUGGGAUUGUGGGUGAUGCGGGAGUCAGAGCCACGAACCAACAGCCACGUCUAUAUACAGGCAUGGUCCUAAUCCUCAUCUUCGCAGAGGUCCUAGGCCUCUACGGCCUCAUCGUCUCCAUCCUCCUCCUCUCGACUUCGCAAACGCAAGUCACAGACUGCUCAGGCUCUUGA